AUGGUACCCAAGACAUCUCUAUCGCCGAUGCAGUCGGUCCGGUCCUUUCCCGCACCACCUUCACCUUCAUCCGGUCCCCGAAAACGCUCAAUUCACGAGGUUGAUGAUGCCGAUAUGCCCUCGCCAAAUGCGAAGCGACCAUUGACUGAUUUCGACGGCGGAAAUCAAGAAAAUCGCGAUCCAUCUCUUGCCUCCCAGCCUGCCAACACUACUCCCCCGCAAGUUCAGAUCAAGCAUGGUGCUGGGGAAUCAACAUCCCCAGACACCAAUACUGCUUCUAAUCCUGAGCUUGAUACCCUGGCCUCUAAGAAACGCAAGGUAGUAUCUGCUGGCACAGAUUCCAAGCAACAAGAAAAGGAAGCCAAAGAGCGCCAGAAGGCCGAGGAGAAGGCGAAAAGGGAGGAAGAGAAGGCGAAGAAAGAAGAGGAGAAAGCCAAGAGAGAAGAAGAGAGGCGCCUGAAGGCAGAGGAGAAAAAGAAGCGCGACGCUGAGCGUGAUGAAGAGAAACGACACAGAGAGGAAGAAAAGCGCAAGAAAGAUGCCCAACGUGAAGAGGAGCGCAAGCAGCGCGACGAAAAGAAGAAAGCAAAAGAAGAUGAAAGGGCUGCCAGGGAAGCAGAGAAACGUAAAAAGGACGAGGAGAAGGAGAAGAAGACCCGAUCACAAAUGAAACUAAACUCUUUCUUUACCAAACCAUCGGUACCUUCGACCUCCUCAGGACAUGUAUUCACGGCUCCUUCGCCUAAGAAGGCAUCUACUACUGUCGAUUCCUCUUGCGAAACUCGUGGCGCGCAGUCUGACUAUGAGCGAGAGUUUCCUGCUUUCUUUCUACAAUCGCAUACAGUUGUGGCACCCCCUCAUCGGUUCGAGCGUGACACCGAAGCCCUCAAUCACGUACACGAAACGAUCGAUUCAUGUCUACGCAACGAAAUCCACACCCAAACACAUCCAUUCCGUCCCACGGAAGUCUUCCAGAUAAUUCCUUUCCGUCGCGGGCGUCAGCCAACGAUCUCUGUCAGAGACAUACUAUUACAGCUACAAAGGUCUGACGAAACUCAGCCUACUCAAAAUCAGAGCAUAAUGCCAUCUCCAAGGCCACAAGAACUUCUACGCAAGGUCACGAUGAAGUCUCUCAAGUUUGGCGAGGACAUCCGCCCUCCCUAUCAAGGAACUUAUACCCGUCGCGUGUCCGAGUUAUCCGCGAGAAGACUUGCCCGAAAUCCUUAUCAUCGAGGGCUACCGGAUACCGAUUAUGAUUAUGAUUCCGAGGCGGAAUGGGAAGAACCCGAAGAGGGUGAAGAGCUGGACUCUGAAGAAGAAGAUGAAGGCAGUGAAGAGGGCGAAGAUGAUCUUGAAGGCUUCCUAGAUGACGAGGAUGAUGCCCUUGCCGAAGGCAAACGUCGUCUUAUUGUUGGUGAUCUAGAGCCUGUCUCUACUGGAAUCAAGUGGGCUGCCAAUGGGGUCGAGCCUGAAAUGAAAGCCUAUCGGAUGGAGACUAUAUCCGAUGGGGUCAAGUUCCCCAUCGACCCUUUCUCGACUGCAUAUUGGGAAAGAGCUAAGCCCGUGGAUCAAGUACUUGGGAAAGCGCGACCCGCGACAGCCCUAGACGGCUUCCUUGUUCCUGCAGUCCCUGGGGCCGUGGCGACAGGCAGUGCUUUACCUCCCACAUCGAAAGCGAAACGGCCAUUCCCGCCAGACCAACUUGCAGAGUUCAAGGAAGCUGUUGAAGGCAGCGAUCUCAGUAAGAUUGGAUUGGUCGAGAUUUUGAAGAAACGAUUCCCCAAGGUGUCCAAAGAUACACUUAAAGCUACCCUGGACCAGGUUGCUGCUCGUGUCGGACAAAAAGAAGUGGACAAGAAAUGGGUUUGUCGGUGA